AUGUGGUACGACACCAUGUGCUCCGACGACCCGAACACGGUGAUUAUCCAGACAGAGAACGUCAACAAGAUCUACGAUCUCGAUCUCGAUGCAGGGACUGUCAUGAUCGAGGCCGGCGUCACCUUCCUCCAGCUGGCCGACUACUUGCACGAGCGAGGCGCAUCGGCCGGCUAUACUUUGGUCAACUGGAACAUCACCCUGGCAGGUUGCGUCGCCAUGGGUGCCCAUCGCUCUUCUAUUCGCGAAGAAUCUAUGGUUGCCUCGGGAGUGCUGUCCCUGGAUAUCAUCGAUGGCAACGGUGAGCUGCGUCACCUCGAGCGUGACGACAGCGAUGAGUGGCUUGCUGCGUCCACUUCGCUCGGUCUGCUGGGAGUUAUCGUGCGGAUGAAGUUCAAGGUCUAUCCCGACUUCAAGGUCUAUGCCGACCAGAAGACAUUGGACGACGACGAGGUCCUGGACGGUGACAUCUACGGCAUGAUUGCGCCUUACGCGACCGCCAACUUCUGGUGGUGGCCGUAUAAGAGAAAGUUCCACUGGCGGUACUACGACGUCGUCGACAACGAUAUCAACGAGCAGCAAGGCUUCCAAAACACCUUCUCCGUCACGGCCCUCGAGGCUUCGGCCAUCAAGACCCUCUGGAACAGUGGUAAAUACCUAGCCACCUCCAAUAUGCUGGCAGAGGAAAUUCUGUUUGGACAGUGGGAGGCUCCCAACUUCCGCGAGAAGACGACCAACAAAGACAUCACCGAAUGGCCUGUGUACGGAUGGAACUACGAUGUCCUCAUCGGCGGCCUCUACCCCGACCAGAAGCCAGUAUGGGAGCAUGGGCUCAAUGGAGACACCAUGGAGUUGGCCUUCCCAGUCACUCAAGCGAAUGCUGUGUUGAAGCGCGCUCGCGAGCUUUUUGACGCCGAGCUCAAGAAGGGCAUCGUCAUGACAUCCACCUACCGCAGCGGCAUCAACAUCAAAUUCGGCCGUGCGUACUUUGACUUGCUGGGACAAGUCACUUACAACACCUCUGACGGUGCAGACUGGUCAAAGGGUGCGAUCAUGUUUGAUUUUCCCAGCUACAAGCCGAGUGUUGGGGAUAGAACUCGCUUCAACGAGCCGUUCUACGGAGCCCUCGCAGAGGCUCUGGUCAAGGAAUUCCCCUGUCGUCCACACUGGACCAAGAACACCCGAGAGGUGUUUGAACUGGCCAAGGCCAAUCUCGACAAGGACCACCUUGCUCGCUUCAAGGCUGUUCGAGAGAAGUUCGACCCCAAGGGUCUCUAUCGCAGCGUAGUUGGCGAGAUCAUCGGGGUCUACGAUUGA